GAAUAAUCAAUAUACAGUCUGAGAGAGAUAUAUAUAUAUAUAUAUAGAGAGAGAGAGAGAGAGAGAGAGAAUGGCUUAUCGGGUUGUGGCGGCGGUGUUGGUGGCAGCUUGGCUGUUUCCGGCAUUGGCUGAGGGGGCCGUUCGCCAUUACAAGUUCAGUGUGGUAAUGAAGAACAUGACAAGACUCUGCGCGACGAAGCCUAUUGUCACUGUGAAUGGGACGUUCCCGGGGCCUCCUCUCUAUGCCAGAGAAGAUGAUACCGUCAUCCUAAGGGUUGUCAAUCAUGUCCAAUACAACGUUACUAUCCAUUGGCACGGGGUAAAGCAGCUACGGACGGGAUGGUCAGACGGGCCGGCGUACGUCACGCAGUGCCCAAUCCAGCCGGGGCAAAGCUUCAUCUACAAUUUCACGCUCACCGGCCAGAGAGGAACCCUUCUUUGGCACGCCCACAUCAGCUGGCUGAGGGCCACCGUUCACGGCGCCAUUGUCAUCUUGCCCAAGCUCGGCGUUCCCUAUCCUUUCCCGAAGCCUCACAAGGAUGUCAUCAUUGUUCUAGGUGAAUGGUGGAAAUCGGACACUGAAGUGGUAAUAAACCAAGCUAUGCAGUCCGGGUUGGCACCAAAUGUUUCGGAUUCGCAUACCAUCAAUGGCUACCCAGGACCUUUCCCCAACUGCACUUCUCAAGGAUACACGUUACACGUGGAAGCCGGCAAAACCUACAAGUUGAGGAUCAUCAAUGCUGCAGUCAAUGACGAGCUCUUCUUCAAGAUCGCCGGCCACAACCUGACCGUCGUCGAAGUGGACGCCAGCUACACCAAGCCCUUCACCACCGACACCAUAUUCAUUGGCCCCGGACAGACCACCACCGCCAUCCUCACCGCCGACCAGCCUGUCGGCAAGUACCUCAUCGCCAUCUCCCCUUUCAUGGACACCGUGGUGGCCGUGGACAACUUCACCGCCAGCGGCUUCCUUCGCUACAAAGGCACUCACGCCUUCUCCGCCACCGCCCUCACCGCCAUGCCUCCGCAAAACGCCACUCCGGUGACCAACACCUUCACCGAGUCCCUCCGCAGCCUCAACUCAAAACAAUACCCGGCCGCCGUCCCCUUAACCGUCGAUCAUUCCCUCCUCUUCGCCAUCGGUGUAGGAAUCAACCCUUGCGCCACGUGUGUCAACGGCUCCCGAGCUGUGGCGGAUAUCAACAAUGUCAGCUUUGUGUUGCCCACCACUGCUCUCCUCCAAGCACAUUACUACAACAUCAGUGGGAUCUUCACCGAUGAUUUUCCGGGAAACCCUCCAAUCCCUUAUAAUUAUACUGGAAACACAACGACGAAUUUUCAGACUACAAAUGGGACGAAGGUUUACAGGUUGGCUUUUAAUUCCACGGUUCAGGUUGUUCUCCAAGGCACUGCCCUUUUGGCUCCGGAAAGUCAUCCGGUUCAUCUUCAUGGAUACAAUUUCUUCGUGGUUGGAAGGGGAGUUGGGAACUAUGAUCCACUGAAAGAUCCCAAGAAAUUUAAUCUUGUUGAUCCCAGUGAGAGGAAUACAGUAAGUGUGCCAACUGGUGGAUGGACUGCUAUUAGAUUCAGAGCUGACAACCCAGGGGUGUGGUUUCUGCAUUGCCAUCUGGAAGUACACACGACAUGGGGGCUAAAGAUGGCAUUUUUGGUUGACAAUGGAAAAGAGCCGAACCAGUCUAUUCUACCGCCUCCAAGUGACCUUCCACAGUGUUAGAGAAACCCAAUUUAAUUAUUUGAUUAAUUAAUGGCUAGCUUUUCCACUCACGAAUCUCAAUCUGUGGGCUCAUUGUCAUGAAUAUGGGUUUAAUUACAUCAGUAAUUAUAUAUGGAACAUGGAGGUAAAGAAGAAAACAGAAAAGCAAACUGUGAAUGCUUCGUCGUCGACAGACAGAGAACCCACAAUAAAUGGAGUGAGCAGAGAGCUAGAAGGCUGAUGAUGAUUGCUUCUUGAUUAUUGCAGAGCUGGUCAAGCAGAUUAAACUCAAUAAACAUGGGAAGAAGAUCAUGGAUAUCACUCUUAGUUAAUCAUGUUGCAGAAUUAGUUCAUUUAAUUUGCUUAUUUUAACUCUUGUGAUCAAUUGUGUUUGAUUAUUGAUUGUACACCCACUCUGUGCUUGUGCUGGUGUUGAGCCACUUUCCGCAAUCAAAUCAGUUUUCGCUGCAAAAGUGUUAACUUG